AUGCUCUCCUUCCUCCGCGCACCGCACCCACCCCGAACGAACAACGCCGAUAGAGACACGGUAUACUACGAGAAUGGCACCUCCUCCGUGGCAUACCACCGCAAAGACCGCCCGGGCGGCGACUACAUGAUGACGCAUUCCUUCCCGCCGGCACACCCGCAAAACGGGCCCUCGAUCAUCCAACCCCCCUUCCACUGGCACAUCUCCCAGACGGAGAAAUUCUUCGUCUCCCAAGGCACGGCACACAUGUACUACGGGCUCGGUUCGAAACCCUACGCCACGCUCUCCUCGCACCCGACACCCGGCUCGAAACGCUCCGUGACCCUGCCGCCGUUCCGCUACCAUCGCUUCGCAAACGCGAGCAGCACGGAAGAGCUGCGGAUGAACAUCCAGCUCGAUCCGGAAGACUAUGAGAAUGAGCAGAGAUUCUUUCGCAAUUUCUUUGGAUAUUUGGAUGAUUGCAAGAGGAGCAGGACGGCGCCGAGUAUCUUUCAGCUGUUUGUCUUCUUGCAUUCGGCGGAUGUGCCCCUCGCUAUUCCCUUGCCCAACGUUCCCGGGGCCGAAUUCGUGGGGCUGUAUCUCAGCUGGGCCCUGUUGAUUGUGGUUGCGUAUAUUGGGAGGGUUGUGCUGGGAUACCGGCAGACGUAUCCGGAGUAUUAUAAUAGUAGUAAGAGCAAGUAG